AACGCUGAGAGUUUACGGAAGUUAGCGGGUCUCACGUGACCGAUGGCAACACUAAGAGGUUACCGUAAUUUGCGCCAAAAUUGAAAAAUGAAGCCAAAUGUAAUUUUUCGAAGUAAGCAAUACACGUUUUCGCCAUUUUGCUUGCACGUGCUGCUGUGGGGGAAGCAAGGUGUUCUCCCACGAUGCCCGGAUUUAUAUCGAGAUUGUAACACGUAUCACCUACAAGAACUUAAUAGGAAGAUACUAAACAUAAAUUCAAGAUUUCUCGCAACAUACGAAGGUAAAGAUGGGUUUUUCUUUUGCAGCUCUUUUGACUAUUCUUGGAGUACUUGUUUAUCCAGAGACGGUUUACACCUAAAUCGGAGAGGUAAUCAGCAGCUGGGGAAAAUUUUUGUAAAAGAUAUCAGGAUAAGUUUGACUGUUGCAGAGGUAAGUGCACCAUUUUGUUCUACAUCCCUUAGCAGUUUCCCAGCAUUAACCAGUAUUCCUUCUGUUCUGAGUACUCAUUUGGGUAGUAAUCUUGGUGCUUCUGUUUCCAAACCACUCUUUUCAGAUGUUGUGAAACGUUCUUUAGUUUCCAGUGUUCGGGUUUGUAAUUCUAGAGAUUUUUUGUGCCAUGUUUCUUCUUCUAAACCGCUUUAUUCAGAUGUUUUAAAGCAUGAUUGUUUUACUAGCUCUGUUUUGAAUACUAAUCCCAGUAUUCCGAGUUUAUCAGAUUUUCCACUUCUUGAAUAUUCACUUGGCACUAGUGUAAAUUUUUUGGAUCCACCUCCUAAGCCACUUUACUCAGAUGUUUUAAAACAUGGAUUUUUUCUCAGUGCAUUGAUUUCUAAUCAGCAUGUUCCAGUUUGUUUUGAUGUUAUUUGGUCUUUUUUCCAACUCUCUCUGUCAUUCUGUCCACACUACAUCAGUGUGUUUGUAAAUUCUAUCUGGAAUCUCAAUCUGCCUGAUUAUCUUGAUGAUUCACUUUCUGUUGCUGCCAUAGUUGAGAAACUUAGGCAGGAAUCGUAUGACCCUAUUCUUAUUUACAAACCUCAAGGAAAACCAACAUUGUAUGGUCCGAAAGGCCUUGACACACUGUCUUUUGCACUAGGAUUGCAGACAAAGGAGCAAAAAGAAAUGAUGAUUAAAGAUGAAUUUGGUAGUGGUUACCCCGUAGCACAUUUUAUUUCAAAUCAGUUGGAUCAGGAUACGAUGUACAAUUUAUUUCUUAGUAUCAAAUGUGUAAUACCUGAGCUUAAUAUUAAUUGUUUAAUGACAGAUGAUGAUAAAACUACACAUCCUGCAUUUGAAAAACCAUUUGGUCCAG